AAUAAAGCCUUUACUCAUCAAUAGUUAUCAUUCUCCCUGACUAACCACAUAUAAAAGGGCCUCUUUCAGGACACUGCCUACAUUAAAACAUUUAAAAUUAAACAUUCCACUAAGGCUAGAUAUUUUGGGAAGUCUUGUGUUGUCUGAUACUCUCAUAAAGACAAGUUGCUGGCUCACAGGCAAUCACAGACAUUUUAAAGCAGAUGUUAUAUGGUCAGAUAAAUAAACAGGUAUUUAUAGAAGUUCAACGGUUCAUUUGCAUCACUUGUGAAUUUGGAUUUUGCAGCUUUAGCUCCCUUUUGAUAUUAAAACAGUAUGCAAUUUGACCUCCAGGUCACGGUGCUACAUGGCAAAAAUGAUGAAAUCCUUCCAAGCACUUCCAAGAAAAAAAACAUUAUAUGAUAGAAAAGUGGUUCCCAAAGUAGGGGUCGGGACCCUUCCGGGGGUCACGAGACAGCGAAGGGGGUCGCGAGAUGAUUUCCAGAAAUCAAGGAACAUUUUAAAACAAUUAGAAAUAGCAUAUUUUAGCCAUGCAGCGGUCGCGAGUCACUGGCACCAUUAUUUUAGGGGUCGUGGACUGAAAUGUUUGGAAACCCGUGAUGGAACACUAUAACUGACAAUAAUGUAUAGGCUUCAUAACGCCUAUCUUGCAAACCAUAAAUAAGAUUGUAAGGGACGUGAACAAUGCCACCAUGGGUAGAACUAUAUGGGUAGAGCAUUUCCGGAACAUUUCCCAAGGGUUUCUGGGAAUAUUUCAUGAUACAUGCUUCUUCUGUCAUUCAUUGCAGGAGUCAUAAAGCAAAAUGUUUACAGUUGUAAUUGGGUGUAAUACAACAUUUAUUUUAACCUACAGUAACCUUUAUGAGGUACAAUAGGUUAAAAAGAAAGGAAAAUAAAAAGGUUUUGUCCCUAUGAACAUGUUGUGAAAGCUAAUGAGGCCUGCAGAGAGUUGUUUAGAAACACAGACUGUUAUCUGCUAACUGGAAUAUCAAUUUCUGAUUUUUGGAGUUACCCACUACUUUCCACUUUUAUGUUCUAGCAAUCCUGUUCCUGAAAUAUACCAUUGUCAAUCAAACUCGAGCUGGGGUAAAGCAUGACAGUUCAGGUAAGAUUUGGAGGCUCUGUUUCUCAUAUCUGAAUUGAUUUAAUAUAUAGUGCAGCCCUAAGGUAGGCCUAGUUGGAAACAACAGAUAAAGUUAAUUUGAGAGCCUGGGAUAACAGACCCAUUUCAUAGUGUGGAUUCAGUGGAAUUACAAUUCACUGCAUGCUAUUUGCAUUCUUAAAUCGAAUCAUCCGUUAUUUACAACAGCACAUUAAUCUACUUGAAGACAAUGAAGCAGACCCCCUUGGAUUUAGCCCAAAGUGCACAUGCAUUCUGAAGCUUGAUUUGAUGAGGUGAAGAUAUCUGACAAAUGUCAAAUAGUGGCUAGUUCUAACUCACUAGCUAGUGCGUGACCAUGGAGGGAGAACUCAAAUGUAAACAAAUUCCAAUGCGGGUACCACUAAAGACUAAGACAAAGGGCAUUCAGGAUUGACAGCGAGUACAUUGCAGUGCCUCAUUGCCAUGGGGGUUGUGCAGAGGUGGACUCGAUGACAGAGGCUGUGGCAGGGGAACGUUUCCUUUUAGGCUGUAUCUCCUGCAAGAGGAGAGAAGAGGUCCCUGCUCACACUACUGUGGAUUGGCACUUCAGACCUAAAGGAGAGGAGGAAUUUAUUCAUGUAUUUCAUUAUGACUACCCUAAACCCACCAUCCUCUAUGAAGACUUUGAAGGCCGUCUGGAGUGGCAUGGGACAGAGGGGACUCAGGAUGUUCAAGUAGGAGCCAUCUUUCUUCAUAAUGUAACCUUUAACGACACUGGAACAUUCCUCUGCACCGUCCAACGCACACUCUUUCUCCCAUUGGACAAUGAGUAUGUCACUGUGCAGAAGGAGGUGGAGCUAAGCGUGGUGGCUGUUGCCAAUCCGGAGCUGACUGCAGUGAUAUCAGAAAUCAUGAUGUAUGUACUGAUUGUGGUGCUGCAGCUUUGGAUGAUCGUGGUGCUGAUCUAUUGUUAUAAAAAGAUAUCUGCUGAGCAUGAAGCCCGGGAAGCCCGCAAAGCCCUUAAGGCCCAAAACCGACCAUUAGAAUCAAAAGACAAGUGUGAUGGGGUGCAUCUGGAGUAAUUUACACAAUGAUCUAAAGACAUGAAGAUAUAUUAUGCUGUAAGAGAACAUACAGUAUUACCAUGUUAACCACUCUCUUAAGUAACCAUAACUAUUUUUCAAAAAUGUGAUUUUUCAGUUGUGUGAAAUGCACAAUAAAAGUGAAGUGAAGUGACAAAUUGAUUUUCUGUCUAGUGUC